AUGGCCACGACGGAGGAGGGGACGGCGGCUCACGCCAUCGUCCCCUCCCACUCCUCGCUUUGCCGUCGCGCUCUGCGUCCACCCGCCGGCUCGCAGGCCCGUGACUCGACGAGGCGCGGCAUCUCGCGCGGGUCUCCUGCCCCGCACGCCCCCGCCCGGCGCCGCCUCCCGCCGGCUCCGCCGCUCCCACCGAGUUUCACCACCACCAGCACCGCCACCAGCAGCAGCAGCAGCAGCAGCACCAACCGGGGGUGUCGGCAGCAGCCGCCGGCGCCAAGCGCCAGCACCCGCCCUCCCAGCCCAACGGGCUCCGUGCGGUGCUGCUGCACGGCUCGACGCCGGCGAGGGACGCGCAGGGACGGCGGCGCUGGCGGCGGCGGCGGCGGCGCCGGAACCGGCGCCGCGACCGAGGCGCUGCCGGGCCACGCCGGGACCCCCAGACGGCGCGCCGACGCCUCCGCUAAACCGCCUUCGGCGGAGUCCAAAUCGACGUCGGUGCGAGCGCGGAGCGGCGACGGCGGCGACAGGGGCGGCGGCGGCGGCGGCGGCGAGGCCGAUGCCGGCAAAGCCCGGCACGCGCGGGCGGCGCUGCCGGGAGCCGGCGCCGCCAACAACGCCGACUCGGCGGGCGCCGGGGCGACGGCGCCCUCGCCGCUGACGCCCGAGCAAGCGCUCAAGCGUUACGGCGGCAAGCUGUCUGCGUACGAGCGCCAGGAGAUCCUGUCGUACAACGAGGUCUACUUCGUGUCGGGGGAGUCGCGCCGGCGCGCUACCGCCAACGCUGCUGCCGCCGGCGCCGUUGGCGGCAGCGGCGCCGGCGCCGCUGCCGCCAACGGCGUCGGCAACGGCGGCUUCGACGACGAGCGCGGCUCGUACAUCCACGUGCCGCACGACCACGUGGCGUACCGCUACGAGGUCAUCAAGGUGAUCGGCAAGGGCAGCUUCGGCCAGGUGGUCAAGUCGCUGGACCACAAGACGCGGCGCUACGUGGCCCUCAAGAUGGUGCGCAACGAGAAGCGCUUCCACCGUCAGGCGGAGGAGGAGGUGCGCAUCCUGGAGCACCUUCGCUCGCAGGAUCGCGACGACGCCAUGAACGUGGUGCACCUCCUCGAGCACUUCGUCUUCCGCGGCCACGUCUGCAUGACCUUCGAGCUGCUGGGCGCCAACCUCUACGAGCUCAUCAAGCGCGGCGGCUUCCGCGGCUUCGAGCCCCCGCUGGUGCGCCGGCUGGCGCACGGCAUGCUGCAGUGCCUGGACGGGCUGCACCGCAACCGCAUCAUCCACUGCGACCUCAAGCCCGAGAACGUGCUGCUGCGGCACAGCUCGACCUCGCCCGCCGGCGGCGCCGGCAGCGCCGGCGCCGGCGCCGCCGCCGCCGCCGGCCACCGCGGCGCCGCCAUCAAGGUCAUCGACUUCGGCUCGAGCUGCUUCGAGCACCAGCGCGUCUACACCUACAUCCAGUCGCGCUUCUACCGCGCGCCCGAGGUGAUCAUGGGCGCGCGCUACGGCCCCCCCAUCGACGUGUGGAGCCUCGGCUGCAUCGUCGCCGAGCUGGUGACCGGGCGGCCGCUGUUCGCCGGCGAGGACGAGGGCGACCAGCUGGCCUGCAUCAUGGAGGUGCUCGGCACGCCGGCGCCGGCGCUGCUCGAGCGCUGCAAGCGCGCGCGCAGCUUCGUCGACUCGCGCGGCCGCCCCCGCUACUGCACCGCGGCGCGCCGCGCCGACGGCUCGGUGGCGCUCGGCGGCGGGAGGUCGCGCCGGGGCCGCGCCCGGGGCCCGCCGGGGUCGCGGGCGCUGGCCGACGCGCUGGGCGGGCGCGCCGACGCCAGGCUCGUCGACUUCCUGCGCCGCUGCGUCGAGUGGGACCCCGAUGCCCGGCCCACGCCGAGACAGGCGCUCGGGCACCCGUGGCUGAGGCGGCGGCUGCCCAAGACGCCGGACGGCGCGGCCGAGCGGCCGGCGAAGGCCGCUCUGGGCCGCUCCGGCGACGGCGCCGCCGGUGCCGGCGCGCGAACCGCGCUGCUGCGCAAGGUGUCCGGCUGA